AUGCAGCGAGGACUUGGGCCUCGCGAUCCCCCCAAGCAGUCCAGAGAUCGACGGCACGAUCCAUCGCCCACCAGGCCGACAACCCCGCUGCAACAACGGCGGCACGUUGCCAGGCCCAGCGUCAGCACUUCCUCGCCAGCAGCUUCCUACGAGGCUGUCCCAGAGGACACUCUUGAUUUGUACAUGCAGAAGUUGGCAAGGAGCCUGCCUCAAAACGGGGCACGCUACCUGUUCAUACGCCGCUUGUCUCGCGGAGAGUACGAGGUGGAUGGUUGCCGGGUCAGCAUUGCACUGAGAGGCGGCGAGGCCUACGUGUACGCAACCAACAGCAACGAUGACACCGAUCGUGCUGAAUCCCUGCACAGUUACUUGUUGCGGGCCGCGGAUAACGCGUUGGCACGAUCCAUGAAUGCUGGUGGACCUUCAGGUGCAUCUUUCAACCAGCACGAGGUUGUACCUCGGGUGCCUCCUGGCAUGCGGAGUCAGACAAUGCCUCUGCAGCACAUGCCAAGUUCCGGCAGUCCCUAUGCAGGCGUUCUUGUCCGAGCUCCCGAUGGCGGCAGCUUCCUGUUGGGCAGCUCAUUCUACAGCCAGGCAAGCGUGCCUGAGUCGAAGCCCCCUCACAUGGAGGCAUUGCACCUGAUGCAGACGCAACAGCCUGUUCAGACGCUGCGAGCUUAG